UCUAGCAUCAUCCACCGAACUGCACUACUUACAAUUCCCUUGGAGCAGGAACUUUUGCAAAUCCAGACAGACAGAAGUGACAUUAACAAGACUGCGAUGUCGAGUCCCACGCCUAAAUUUCUACAUGCACCGAUCUGGUCUGGCGAUUUCCCCUUUGUGCCAUUUCUGCAACGCAUUAGAAACGAUCGACUAUUACUUACUGGACUGCCGGUGUUUCUCCUCCCUAAGAAAAAGAACAUUGCAAAUUGCAUUGCGACAGCUCGGCCUGCCAUUGAACACUCCGGAACUGCUGUCUUUCGGAGCUUCUGUGCUUGGACACUCACACAGGAAUGUAUGCAUCGCCAUAGACAAAUUCAUUAUUGAAUCAAACCAAUUUCAUUGUUAAGCAUAUUAUUCCAUUUAUCAUUACAUUACUGCCUCUUGUACUAGUAUGUAUAUUUUUUAUAUAUUUAUUGUCCACUGAAUUGUCGUAGAACUAACUCGCUUUAAUAUAUUUACCAAAAUUAGACAUUUGCUAAAUUGAUCCACUUAGCACAUAUAUAAAAUCUGCCCGACUCUUGGCUGAUCCCCGUGAGUGGGUAUGCGCCAAAGAUAAGGGCAUCAUCAUCAUCAUCGCCUCGAGAAGACGGCCGGUCUCGCGAGAGGCUGCCACGGAACAGGACGGAAGCCAUGGCUGCCGACACCACGUCUUUUGUGCUCGGAUUGCUGCUGCUCGCCUCUGGGGUGCCCCGGGGUGGCCAGUGCUGUCGCACGGAGCACUUCCCGAUCCCCAGCCAGUGUGGUUCGGAAGGUGGGAUCCCGCUGGGUGUCGCCCACUCGUUGCCCUGGAUGGUGACGGUGCGCGUAGAGGCAAUGACCGAUGUCCAGGACCCGGAGGACCUGCUGCCUUGCCCCAGCGUAUUCCAGGCCGCCAGGGGAGACUCCAACGGCUCGUCGGACCGCCACCUCCGCGGGGGGCCGGACUCCUUCUUUGGCCACCUGGCGCGAGUGGCCGUCACCCACAAGCUGACCUCGACGUGCGCCGGCGCCGUCGUCACCGCAAGGCACGUUCUGACGGCGGCCCACUGCCUGUUCGCGUCGCGCUACAAGCCGACGUACCGCGUGUACCUGCGCAAUGGCAGCUCGGCCGCCCACGGAGGGCACGCAUCGGCACGUUCUUACGUGAGCGUGCCGGUGUCAGCAGCGCUGUGCCAUCCGGGAUGUCGGUUCCACGGCACCACCCGGGCCGUCAACGACCUCGCCGUGCUCGUGCUCGCCGAGCCCAUUGACAUUCAGGGCGGCGGCGGCGGCGUGAGCGCCCUGUGCCUGCCCUGGCCCGACGUGCCGGUGUACGGCUCAGUUCUGUGGAUGGCACGCCACGAAGGCCGUCCCAAGGGUGGCUCGGCCGGGGGAGGAGCGGGCCGGCUGCCCACCGCCCUGACCAGGGAGUCCGUGCAGCUCGUCAACUGCUCACUGCUCCCGCAGAUGGCCCACGACACCGCUGGAGAGCCCUCGAACGAGCUAUGCGCCGUAAGCAUCGGAGGCCUUCGCGAGGUGGUCGACCCCGGCACCGCGCUCAUGGUGGACACCGUCCAGGGCUGGGUCCUCGUCGGCCUGCUCUCCUGGCUAGACGACGCCCGCGCCGUCUCCAGUGUCGCCGUCUUCACCGAUGUGCGCGCCCUCAUGGCGUGGCUGCUGGAGACGGUCUUUAAGACCUUCUGACGCAAUAUACAGGCUUUUCAGCCUCGCGUGUUUGUUUGCCGAGCAUUGAGCGUGCCGUCAACUCGUGUGUCUCGAGAUUUUCUCAUAUGCCCGGCCACUUCUGGAGUAAUUCAUAGUGGGCGAUCCCGUGCUCAUUUUCAGUACGGCAUCAAGUAUAUUAUGCGCAGCAGAUCCCGUGCUCAUUAUGAGCACGUCUGCAUUCACAGAAAAUAAACGAAAACAUAGAUCGAACGUUUGGCCAGCGAGUUUUGGAGUGCGGGAACCCUCGCUUUCGUUGGCGAGGUGAUUUAUUUCUCUCGAGCGCCGAACGGACGCUGUGAAUAGAUCUGCGUCGACUCGGCACCAAACCGUAACUUCUGAUAGCCGAUACCCGACGCUCAUUAGGCCUAGGGGCAAUGGCUGUGUGACCGUGAAGAAAAUUGCCACUCGCUGGAACGGUAGCGGGCGGCAAACUGUCGUGCACAAAUAGGUCUGUUUGUGCCACUCGCUUGUCCAGUCUU